GUCCACCGCUGCCGCCUCCUCCUGCCGCUCCUGGUGCUGCUUGUGCGCUCCCUCAGUGCGGACCCGGUGCCUCUUUUGUGAAGCGGCAGCUGAGGAGACUCCGGCGCUCGCCAUGGCCGACGAGAAACCCAAGGAAGGAGUCAAGACUGAGAACAACGAUCAUAUUAAUUUGAAGGUGGCGGGACAGGAUGGUUCUGUGGUGCAGUUUAAGAUUAAGAGGCAUACACCACUUAGUAAACUAAUGAAAGCCUAUUGUGAACGGCAGGGUUUGUCAAUGAGGCAGAUCAGAUUCCGGUUUGAUGGGCAGCCAAUCAACGAAACAGACACACCUGCACAGUUGGAAAUGGAGGAUGAAGAUACGAUUGAUGUGUUCCAGCAGCAGACUGGAGGUGUCUACUAAAAAGGGAGCCUGCUACUUUACUCCAGAAUUUUGUUAUAGACCAAGAAUACAUUCUCAAUUAGAAAGCCACAAUUUGGUCCCACCACAUCCUGACUACUACAGUAUAGUUUUCUCUCUUCUUUCAUUUCCCUGUCCCCAUUUCUUUAUUGUACAUAAAGUAACUGGUGUAUGUGCACACUCAUAGUGCUCUCUCUUUCUUUUCCUUUUUUAAACUAAAUGACCGAUGUUCUGUUCUGGUUGACAUGAGAUGGAGAUGGUCUGGGGAAAAAUACUGGGUUUGUGAAAAUACCCCCUUCUCCACUAGUGGCAUGCUCAUUCAGCUCUUAUCUUUAUAUUCCAGUAAGUUAUUUUGCUCUCAUUGUUUUAACAAAAGAACCCAACAACACCAAAUCCUUGCAUACCUUGUUCGAUUGGAGAAUUUUAAUGUUUUUCAUUUAUCAUUGUAAAACCAAGGACAAUUUUAUAACUUUUUUGUACGUAGCUGUUACAUGUAGGGCAAUCUGUCUUUAAGUAGGGAUAAAUUACUCUUGAACAAAAUGAUCCUAGAUAGUUUUCCCUUCAAGUCAAGCGUCUUGUUGUUUAAAUAAACUUCUUGUUU